CACACCUAUCAACCCUUCAACUACGACAAGCUCACAGCCCUGACUACUGUACGGGCUCGUUGGUCUUCAUCCUGGAGGUCUGUUGACAGCAAGCGGGAAAGAGUACACGAUCGUAAUCAGGAACAGCCACCACGGCACAGCAGACAGGGGAUGAGCUUGGGUAGGGCAGUUGCUUCUCACGGUGGCCGCAACAAUGGCGGCAGCAGCGGCAGCAUCAUCAGCAGCUUCUUCCGACGAAGAUACGGGCUGGUGAGGUCGUGUCCAGGUGCUACCGGAGGCGCGUUUACCGUCGCCGCAAAGCCUUCGGCAUGGCGCCAGCUCUCUACAGGCAAGCCUCCGAAAUUGGCUGGGGGAAGGCUACUGCUUCCCAAGCAAGCUCCGUGCGCAUCAUCUGCGGUCGGUCAGCAACAACAGGCAGAAGUGGAAAUCGAGAAAUAUGGCGACGUACUACUGCUGGCUCAGGAGAGCUUUCGAAAAGAAAUGACGAAAGAGCGGCGUCCACUCCAGUUCGUCGGCAUCGACACCGCGACCACCAUCGGCUCCGUGUGUGGGCACAUUAGCUUGGGGAUCCUUUCCUUGGGCUACCUCGAAACGGAUGCAUUAAGCCUGCGAGAACUAGUGGUCGCCGGAUCGGGCCUGAACCUCUUCUUCAGCUAUUACCGCACGCCGCCGCUGUGGAUCUCGAUCAAGUGGAACUUGUUCUUCCUGGCGAUCAACGCGGCCCUGAUAGGGGCAAUGUGGAAAGAGAAGGACGACGCGGAGGAGUUUGGGAAGGACCCUGAACAGGCGAGAAUUUACCAAGACAUUUUUAUGCCGGUCGACCUCAAUCCUGUGGAGUUCAUGCAGCUUAUGGGCCAGGCACAGCGGCGAGUUGUGCUUGAGGGCAACGAUAUCAAUCAGCAAGGCAGACCGCACGAGGAGAUGUUUCUGAUCGUCGAGGGCACCGCCGAUGUGAGGUCGGAGGGUGAGGACGUGUGUCGCCUGGAGCCGGGUGGGUUUGUCGGCUCCAUGGCCUUCAACGCCUUCAUACAGGAGUCUCCGUUAGCGUCCUAUCACACCGUCGCCCGGGGUGCCGCGGAUGCGUUGCCGGCGGGAGGGGGGGCGGGCGACGGCAAGGAUCAGGCAGACAGCGUGUUCAUCGAGGGUCUCGUCGUCAGGGACGGCGGCUACAAGUACGGCGGGAAAGGGGUGCUUGACUUGGUGAAGGGCGUGAUUUUCCACAUGCUGAGGGGGGAUUCCGUGGUUGGGAACGUCGCCCUGUCGCUCGUGCCCGACGUGGUGGACCGGUCGAAAGACUUGGGGGAAAUGGAAUGCGCGAAGAAUACCGUCACGGCUACUUCGGAUGUGGUGGUGUAUGUCUGGGACCAGCACGCCCUGCGCGCCUUUCUCAAGCGCCGGCCUUUAAUUGGCGCGGGUCUCCAGAAGGCCAUCUCCGAGGACUUUUCGAACAAAGUCAACCAGUCCCGGGGACACAAGACCAAGUACCGGAUGCUGCUCGAGGAGACCCUGGAAGGCGGCAAGAUUAACCAGACCGAGAAGAGGAAGCUGCAAAGGUACCGCGAAACGCACGGCAUCGCCUUGGAGGAGCACAACUUCAUCCUUGCAGAACGCGGGUGGACAGAAGAAGAGUUCGACGUCGGUUUCCAACCAGGCGUAGCACCCAGGCAGGGAUCACAGCACUUUGUCAAGUACGAGGCCUUGGUACAGCGGGAGCUUGCCAAGGGAGAGGUGAAGCCUGAAUCAAAGCUAUUCCUCUUGAACUUUCGCAGGCAUGCCGGCAUCGACGCCCAGGAGCACAUUCUCGCCCUCGGAAAGCAGGGCUGGACUGUGGACGACUACGAAGUCGGAGUGAAGGGCAUGUCGUCCACCUUCAACCAAGACUUCGGCUCGUUCGACGGCUCUGACGAUGUUCAACAAGGAAUCAACAGCCACGACAACGACAAGAGCAGCAGCAACAUGGACAAGGUUGAAACGAUUCAAAACAACAACAAAGACGAUGACAAAAACAUGGAAAACGCUGACACAAUCAACCUGAAGAGUUCAGUCGAGGAUUCUCGUCGGGAGAAGUGCGGAACGAUCAAGGAGGAGGGUGAAAGCGUGAGUGGCCUCAACAGGACCCUGCAGGUAACCGCGCGCCCCACCGACUCGUUGCGGGGUCGCGAAAUGGUACAGAAGUACGGCGCUUGAGGUAUAGUAGAGGUCCCUGUUUAGUGCCGAUUGAAUAGUGCCGGUUGCCGGUACAGUGCCGGUGUUUUCGGCUCGCACACCUUAAAAUACCAAGUCGUUCUGUACUUGGAAUAGUGCCGGUGCCCGGUUAGGCGCGGGUGGAAUUUCGGCGCACACCCCGGCACUAAACAUGGACCUUUACUGUACUGCACUCAAUGCGGAUGUGAUGGUUCCGAUGGUUCAUAGCUGCGUAGGUCUACGCGAGUUACAUAGAGGACGGCGUUUCGAAAACAAGAGGACUGCUCUGUAAAUUAUCGGCUCGGUCCUUUUGUCCACGACGACGCUGUUGUAAGGUGAUGCGAGUGUGUGGCGAAGGAAGGGGCGAGCGGUGGCGUAAGGUCCAUCAUGAAUAUGUGUAUAUAUCUCUUGGAGUCACGGGAGCACGUUUGGCAUAUUUCGUCGAAUAUGUUGGUGUUGCUGGCGGGGGCUUAGACGGGCCACGUUGCCCGAUAGUUUUUCAGACCAAAGAUGAUGGAGAUGUUCUACUGCGUGGGUAUUUUUUCACCAUAUAUAAGUGAAUAGCAGUGAAGUUGCGCGACAGAAACGCUCGACGACGCCUGUGGUGUGUAUUGUUCACACGGCAUCUGCAUGUUUUUUGCUGUUUGUUGUUUCACUGGUGUGGAUGUUUGUGGGUAUAGACAAAGAAAGAGUCGACAAGCUGAGCGAGGAUUGGGGAGGUAGAUGCUGUUUAGGUGCUCAUGCGUCGCCUCGAUUACAUGUUUGCUCGGCCGUCUCUAUCCACUACUGUGUUGUAUAUGGUCGGGCAGCAGCAAGUAGCAUGAUCUGAUACUUUGGGCCUAAACAGCGUGGUUUGGUCAGUGGUUCGCAAUAUCGGUUGAUGGGACAGACAUGAAGAAACUAACGUGGUUUUCGCGUGUGUCUCGAUUUCCUCGAAUGCCGAUCUUACUGGGCCGCCUUUAUGUGCUUUCGACAUAUUCGCGAAUCUGUAGCAAGCACUGGACAAAACCCGGCGUAUGUUGGGGCCGCUUGUUAGGUUGUCGGUGUAACAACCCUUGAAUGGACGGCAGCAGAGCGGAAGAGGCUUGAUACUUGCAGUCGGUGUUUUCAUUAUUAAGUUUUCUCUUGAUGGCUCUUGUUUUGAUCCGCCGUUUCUAUACGAAAGUGCUAUGGUAGAUCCGCAGACGCCGUCAUCACAAUAAUAAUUGGCAACAAUGCGGAGACAAGAGAAUCCUGCAAGCCACGAGGAUCGAUGAAUGCUCUUUUUGAUUUGUUCCUUGUGUCAAGAGUCACAACCCAACGUUGGUGUUUCUUCCGACUUUCUUCGUCGACUCUAUCCGCUAAAAUAUAUGGUCAUUUCGUAAGGAAGCGUUUGGUGUCAUCCUUUGUUGGGGUGUUGUUGUGGUCGGGUUGACCUGCCGAGUAUCGGGGGGGGGGGACAGGCAAGAUUCAUGAGGGCCACAGGAAGAAGCCUGGUAGGGACUUGUUGCCAAGACGACCACACUCUGUUGCGUCUUGUUUAAUGUAGGCCCUCAAUGGCACCAAAAUUGGUGCUCUUUAUGCUCCGCCGUACAAAAUUAUCGACAAUACCGUGGGACCGACGCAAGGGAUUAGUUUCAACAUAGUUGACCAAAGGAGAAGAUGCGGAAGGAGUUAUGGCCCAAUGGCCGCAGUCGACAAGCACCAAGGCGCGCGACGGGUACCAGGUGUCUCCAAGGCGUGAUGAUUUUCUUGUCUGCCGUGUCUUGGUAACGUAGUCUCGUCUGAGUUUCGGGUAUCAGGUCCAUCUAUACUCAGACCACAUACACAACGAACCCGGUCGUGUUCGUUCGAUGGCCCGUCUUUCUAAACCCGCCACACGUCUCCC